AUGUCCACGCUAGUGGCUCGUUUGUCCACCCAGGAGCUGGUAUUCUGGUCAAGCGGCAUGCGUAAUCUUACCCCUGAAUGGAACAAUCCCAGCGCCUCUCCCGCAGCGAGCCGGCGCUUGCCAGAUGGGCGUCAGCACCGAGAAUGCACAAUGCUGUCCAACACCCAAGGGUCGUCACACGAGGGCCGGAGAGCCCUGAUUAAGAGUCUCAGACAUAUCGCCCUUGUGGGUUCACAAGAAGGCCAUGCCGACGGCAUUGUCAGUCCCCCCACACGGCGAAGGAAUCUAUCUUCGACUACGAUGGGGACGGCCAAGGCUCGAGGUUGUACGGUACUGAAACCGACCCAAGAAAGCCUGAUGGCUGGCGUCCGGAGAGGGGGAGGGGGAGGAAUCACUUGCUUUCAUCUGCCGCCGGGCGCCAUCACGAUCAUGCAACUCCGCAUCUAA